AUGGACGGUGAUCCAGCGGUCGAGCCGGAGCUCGACUCCUUCAGCUUGACCUUUCCCCUGCCGUAUCGCGUGGCCUUCAUUGUCGUCCUAGCGGUCUGGGGUUGGGGCAUCAAUCUGCACUACCUGUACCUCACCGGGAUCGACGUUCCAGCUCUAAUACGAUACCCCGGCCGGUCGUCACCUCACCAUCCGACGCAUCACCUCUCGACGUACCGACUAGCCACCGUCCUCUCGUCCAUAUUCGGCUUCUCGCUCCUGGUCUUUUGGGUCUUCACGCACCGCAACCCGGCCCUGGUGCUCGCGUGGGACUGGCUGCCCCUGACGUACCUGGUCGUGCUGAUCGGGCUCUUCGUCGCGCCCGGCCUGAAGAGCCUCUCGAGCGCGGGCCGCUCGCGCUUCCGCUCGACCUUCAGGCGCGUGUGCGUCGGCGGCAUCGCCGAGGCCAAGGAUGGCAAGUUCGGCGACAUCCUGCUGGCCGACGUGCUGACGAGCUACGCCAAGGUCUUCGGCGACCUGUACGUGGCGCUGUGCAUGUUCUUCAGCACCGACGUCGGCUCCGCGACGGCGCGCCCGGAUCGCAGCUGCGGCGGCACCUUCCUCGUGCCCCUCAUCAUGGCCGUCCCCUCGCUCAUCCGCCUGCGCCAGUGCCUGAUCGAGUACGCGCGCGUGCGCCGCGGCCCGCACAACCAGGCCACGGGCUGGGGCGGCCAGCACCUCGCCAACGCGCUCAAGUACUCCACCGCGUUCCCCGUCAUCGUCUUCAGCGCGCUGCAGCGCAGCUGGGGGCCUUCGCCCACCAUCUACCGCAUCUGGGUCGGCGCCUGCGUCGUCAACUCGCUGUACAGCUUCUACUGGGACGUGGCCAAGGACUGGGACCUAACACUAUUCAACGGGGCGCGCGAGCGGCGCGGCGUCCGCGACGGCCGCUUUUCCAACCACGACCAGCGCCACGCCUUCGGGCUGCGGCGUCAGCUGCGCCUCGGCCCGCCCGUUUUGUAUUACGCCGUCGUCGCCGUCGACCUGUGUCUGCGCUGCACGUGGAGCCUCAAGCUGAGCCCGCACCUCGACCACGUCGCCGACUUCGAGAGCUCCAUCUUCGUUAUUGAGCUCCUCGAGGUUUUUCGGAGGUGGGUGUGGAUCUUCUUCCGCGUCGAGACCGAGUUGCUAAGGAACAACGCCGCGCCCGGAGGCCUCCCCGCCGUCGACCACGUCCUGCUCGGCGACUACGACCUGCAGCAGGGCCGGUACGAGGACGAGGAGUAG